AUAUAUUAUUCAGUACAAUAUCUUUUGUAGUUUGUGCCUGCCAGACAUUACAUCUCCCUUCUUCAACAUAUUUAGUUUAACCAACAUCAUCUCUGGUUCUUUCUCCUUCUCUGAAGUUUUUCCCUUUCUUUCUUUUCUCUUCCGGGUUUAAAUGGGUAGAAAGCAUCUAGUUCUGGUGCUGAGGUUAGUAUUGCUUUUCAUAGUCCUGGUUAGUCUAGUUCAUGGCUCAAGAUACACACACUUUUUCAAGGUGAAACCCAUUCUCCGGAAUCCACCACCGAGUGCUAUCUCUGGGUUCUUGCCUAAGGGAAUGCUUAUCCCGCCUUCUGCUCCUUCCAAGGAGCAUAAUAGCAUUGGGCUACAAAGUUCUUCAAGCGAAUUUCCAUGAAGAUCAACAGAGAAUUCAGCAGAUAAAGAAAUAGCAGGAGGAGUUCUUUGCUCCUUACCCGUCUCUUACAAGAAUGGAGGUUGAUUAUUUAUGGGAUUGGUAAGUAUAAUUAUCCUUCCUUUUUGUAUUGUUGGUUUCUGCAGUUUGCUUAAGAAACACAGGCUACAGCCAGUUAGAACAUUGCACAGAGUCUUUUAUGAGUGCAAUGAGCAGUUUCAAGAGUAAGAAAGACAAGCUCUUUUU